AGCAGUAUUAGAUAGCAAGAUUCAAAAGUUGGAUCACCUAAACUACCCAUUUUGCCUCGAAUCAUCAGCUAGAGUCCUAGAGUUCUAGAGUUCUGGAGAGAGAGAGAGGGAGAGACGAUGUCGUGCUUGGCCUCGUGCUGUGCGUCGUUGACAUGCGGGCUCUGCACAUCGGUGGCGUCGGGCAUCACGAAGCGCUCUGCAAGAAUUGCUUACUGCGGCCUGUUUGGUGUUUCUCUGAUUGUUUCUUGGAUUCUCAGAGAAGUUGCUGCGCCUCUCCUCAAACACUUCUCUUGGAUAAAUACUUCAGACAAUCUCUCAAAGGAAUGGUUUCAAAUACAAGCGGUUCUUCGCGUCAGCUUGGGGAACUUCUUGUUCUUUGGAAUACUAGCACUCAUAAUGAUUGGGGUGAAGGAUCAAAAUGACAGACGUGAUUCCUGGCAUCACGAUGGAUGGAUUGCUAAGAUGCUGAUUUGGGCUUUGCUCAUUAUCCUCAUGUUUUUCCUUCCCAAUGUCAUUAUAACAGUAUAUGGAGUACUUUCAAAAUUUGGGGCGGGGUUAUUCUUAUUGGUCCAAGUUAUAAUAUUGUUAGAUGCCACACAUUCAUGGAACGAUUCAUGGGUUGCUAAAGACGAGCAGAAGUGGUAUCUCGCGUUACUUGCGGUCUCAGUAGCAUGCUAUCUUGGAGCAUUUACAAUUUCUGGACUUCUGUUCAUCUGGUUCAAUCCUUCGGGACAUGACUGUGGUCUUAACGUCUUUUUCCUUGUGAUGACCAUCAUCCUUGCUUUUGUGUUUGCUGUUAUUGCUUUACAUCCCAAGGUUAAUGGCAGCCUCUUGCCUGCUUCCGUGAUAUCCGUUUAUUGUGCUUAUCUUUGUUAUACCGGUCUCUCUAGUGAACCACGGGAUUAUGUCUGCAAUGGUCUCCACAACAAGUCGAAAGCGGUAUCUACUAGCACUCUUGUUCUUGGGAUGCUUACAACAGUCCUAUCUGUUCUAUAUUCUGCACUUCGUGCUGGAUCAUCGACCACUUUCUUGUCGCCUCCGUCUUCGCCCAGAGCAGGUGACAAGAAACCACUUCUUGAGUCAGACGAGCUGGAAUCUGGUAAAGGAAAGAACGAUGCAGAAGCACGGCCAGUUAGCUACUCUUAUACGUUCUUCCAUCUGAUAUUUGCUCUAGCCAGCAUGUACUCAGCCAUGCUCCUGUCCGGUUGGACCAGCAGUUCAGAAAACCCCGAGCUCAUAGACAUUGGCUGGACAUCCGUCUGGGUUCGCAUCUGCACCGAGUGGGUCACUGCCGGCCUAUAUAUUUGGUCCCUCAUCGCUCCGUUGCUCUUUCCUGAUCGCGAAUUCUAUUAAACCUUGCAAGAAGAAUAAGGCCUUAUGUAGUUGUUAGUUCUUAGUAAGGGUGGGUGUAUAUAGUUCAAUGUAUGAUUGUAGCUUCAUUUGGUUUGGAAGUCAUGUGAUGUGUGUUACCUAUCCAUACAGAUUUGCUAAUAUUAGAAUUUGGCAUAGGGUUUGUGUAUUAUUUUCUUUUUGGUCCUGAAGAUUUGUGUUAUUUUUCAGUUCAGUCCUAGUUUGAAAUUCUGAUUAGGUAUUAUUAGGAA